UUUUAAGUUAAUCUUCCUUGUCCUCCCUUAAGAACAGCCAGGGGUUGGAAGAGCUAUGCAUGUACAUGUAUUAUGUGUCCUUUUGUGUGCUGUUGUGUAUUCUCUGGCAUACGAAAAUUUGGCAUAUCAAAAACCUACAUGGCAAAGCUCAACCUAUGACCCUGCAUACAGUGAUUCUACAAGAGCUGUUGAUGGUUUGAAAUCAGAUCUCUCUUAUAUAGGAAAACAAUGCAGUGUUUCUACUAACGGUGAAAGCAGUGCCACGUGGUGGGUAAACCUUGAGGGAAUCCGUGGCAUAGAAUCCAUAAUCAUUUAUUACAGAACUGAUAACGUGCUUUGGGAUUCUGGAAAUGGUUACACUACUAGAUUUCUAGGAUUUUACGUGUAUAUUUCAAAUACAACAAACAGACUUGAUGGCCAUCUAUGUUUUCACGAUACAACCUACACUAUAGCGACAAUACCAGCUGUUGCUAACAUAAGCUGUCCUGUACACGGACAAUACGUCAUCUACUAUAACGAAAGACGUCAAGGCUUUAGCUAUCCAUCUGGUACUUUGUUUUUAAACCACGAAAACCAGGUUUCGGGGGUAUAUAGCUUUUGUCGUCUCCGUCCAUCUGUCAAUCUGUUUGUUUGUGUGUCUGUCUAG